AGCAUGCAGGACCUCUCCAGGUAGCCAGGUAGCUCAGGUGAAUUCCCCUUUUCAUAAGGACUGCUGCAAAAGCCUACUCCUCCACCUCAGGGCAAUGGCUCCUCGUCCAGAAGUCAGAGAUACCUUGUCUCCCACUCUUGAUACGGCACCCAAAGACUCAGUCGUCCUGCCAGCAUAUUCUACAGAGGACAAGUAUGAGGAUGACCCCUGGAAUCUCCCUGAACUGCAGGACAAUGGACUCAAGUGGUCAGAGUUGGAUACCAAAGGGAAGGUUUUGCGGGUUCUGACUGCCGUUGUCAAGUUCAUUCUGCUGGUUGGAUUUCUCUACAUGUUCGUUUGCUCUCUAGACGUCCUGAGCUCUGCUUUCCAGCUAGUUGGAGGUAAGGCAGCUGGGGACAUCUUCCAGGACAAUGCGGUGCUGUCCAACCCUGUGGCUGGCCUAGUGAUUGGAGUGCUGGUCACAUUGUUAGUCCAGAGUUCUAGCACGUCCUCCUCUAUUGUGGUCAGCAUGGUGUCUUCUGGAUUGCUGGAGGUCCAGUCUGCAGUGCCAGUCAUUAUGGGAGCCAACAUUGGAACCUCAGUCACCAACACCAUUGUGGCCAUGAUGCAGGCAGGGGACAGAAAUGAGUUCCGCAGGGCGUUUGCUGGUGCCACAGUGCAUGACUUCUUCAACUGGCUGUCUGUGCUAAUCCUGCUGCCUCUGGAGGCAGCUACUGGUGUCCUGUACAAACUCACCAAGAUCAUCAUCGACUCCUUCAACAUCCAGGGGGGAAACAACGCCCCUGACCUGCUCAACGUCAUCACAGACCCUCUCACCGAUGCCAUCAUAGAGCUGGACAAAAAGGUAAUCAGUGACAUUGCCACCGGUGACCCAGCAGCCAGAAACAAGAGUUUGAUCAAAAUCUGGUGCAAAACAGAGAAAAUCACGACUCUUGUGAAUAUAACAGUUCCCUCAGAUGCCAAUUGCACGACCGGUGCCCUCUGUUGGGUGGAAGGCAACAAGACAUUGACCCAGAUAAAUGUCACUGAAACAAUCAAUCUAGAGAGAUGCAACCAUAUCUUUGUUUAUGCUAACCUGCCUGACCUGGCUGUGGGCCUCAUUCUGCUGGCCCUAUCCCUGCUUAUCCUCUGUACCUGCCUCAUCCUCAUUGUCAAGCUGCUCAACUCCAUGCUUAAGGGACAGGUGGCUGUGGUCAUCAAGAAAGUGCUCAACACAGACUUCCCUUUCCCCUUUGGCUGGGUCACUGGUUACAUUGCCAUCAUGGUCGGAGCAGGAAUGACCUUCAUUGUCCAGAGCAGCUCUGUCUUCACCUCUGCAAUCACUCCCCUUGUUGGUAUUGGUGUUAUUAGCCUUGAGAGAGCUUAUCCUCUGACAUUGGGCUCAAAUAUCGGCACAACUACCACUGCUAUUCUUGCUGCUAUGGCUGCUCCUGGAGAAACCCUGGCCAACUCACUGCAGGUCGCACUGUGCCAUUUCUUCUUCAACAUAGCGGGGAUUCUGCUGUGGUACCCCAUCCCCUUCACUCGGAUCCCCAUCCGCUUGGCCAGAGCCCUGGGGAACCGCACAGCCAAGUACCGUUGGUUCGCAGCGCUCUACCUCUUACUCUGCUUCCUCCUCAUGCCCCUGACCAUCCUGGGGCUCUCCCUGGCCGGCUGGCAAGUCCUGGUUGGGGUGGCCGUACCCAUCGUUGUCCUCGCCAUCUUCAUCAUCGUUGUUAACCUGAUGCAGGCACGUUGUCCUCAGUACCUGCCCAGCGGGCUGCGUGACUGGGACUUCCUGCCCCGCCCCCUGCACUCCAUGGCCCCCUGGGACCGUGUGGUGACAUCAGGCAUGGCCUUCUGCGGCGCUCGCUGCUGCUGCAAGUGCUGCCAGAGUACUGACGAUGAAGAGAAGGGUUUGCAGGAGAGGAAGAAAAGUCUGGAGAUAUAUGAUAACCCAGUCCUAACCAGAGACGAUGAGCCGCAAGAGACCUCCAAGGAAACUAUGAAAGCCACACAGCUCUAACACAGUUAACAUAUCUAUCUGUAUGACAUAUAUAACCUAUUUGUAACAUGUUUGUAAUUCUCCAAGUUUGCUUUGGCUUUAUGGAGUUAACCAGCCUCUGUUUCGGUGAUACUGUAUCAUGUGGUGUAAGCCUGCACAUCUUGUAGGAAAACAUCACCAAAAAGUGAGUGUCCACUAUAUAUACACUGAGUAUACUAAACAAUAGGAACACCUCCCUAAUAUUGAAUUGUACCCCCUACCCCCCUGCUCUUUAUGACAUAGACUGACCAGGUGAAUCCAGGUGUAAGUUAUGAUAUCACUUGUUAAGUCCACUACAAUCAGUGUAGAUGAAGGGGAGGUCGACAGGUUAAAGAAGGAUUUGAAGCCUUGAGACAAUUGAGACAUGGGUGAAUGGGAAAGACAAAAUAUUCAAAU